ACCCCUCCCCCGAGUUCCCAACCCUCGCCGGCGCGCUCCCGCCAAGCAACGCACUCGCGUCUCCGAGACUGAGCGAGGCUGGUGGCUGACAUCAGCGAGAGACUCUCCUCCGCCGAAUACGCGACUCUGUCCUCACAAACCGCAGGAAUGGCAGCCAUCCGUAAGAAGCUGGUGAUAGUCGGUGAUGGAGCUUGCGGGAAGACCUGCCUCCUGAUCGUCUUUAGCAAGGACCAGUUCCCCGAGGUGUAUGUCCCCACUGUGUUUGAGAACUAUGUGGCUGACAUAGAGGUGGACAGCAAACAGGUGGAAUUGGCACUUUGGGACACCGCUGGCCAGGAGGACUAUGACAGACUCCGACCUCUCUCUUAUCCAGACACUGACGUCAUUCUCAUGUGCUUUUCCAUAGACAGCCCUGACAGCUUGGAAAACAUUCCAGAGAAGUGGACACCUGAAGUGAAACAUUUCUGCCCCAACGUUCCCAUUAUCCUGGUGGGGAACAAGAAAGACCUGCGCAAUGACGAGCACACACGCCGCGAGCUGGCUAAGAUGAAGCAGGAGCCCGUCAAGUCCGAGGAGGGCCGGGAAAUGGCGGUGCGGAUCGCAGCGUUCGGCUACAUGGAGUGCUCCGCCAAGACCAAGGACGGCGUGCGGGAGGUGUUUGAGAUGGCCACAAGGGCGGCGCUGCAGGCUCGCCGCGGGAAGAGCCACAGCAAAUGUGCACUGCUGUAACGCGGCGCACGUCCUGGGACUUGUUCCAACCUGGCUUCGUUGUACCCUGCGGCCUGGGACUCGGGAGGGAACGGAGGAAUCACUCGGCGGGUGUUGGAGGACUGAAAUGACCCUGGGACUUUCGGUUCAGGACGCCUUGAAUGGGGGGGUGGGGGGGUGGGGGGAAUGUAAACCAUUGGACUUUUAAUUUGUGGGCUUUCCACAAGAAGUGUGACGUGAACAGCGGCCACCCAGCUUGUCCCUCGCCCCGCCCACUCCUCUCGGCCCACGGACCUCAUUAAGAGAUCCUUGCCUAAAAUCUCGCGGUCCGUCCCUGUUUGGACGUUCCGCCGACUGUGUUGUGUUUUGAUGACAAGGUUAGUUCCUCCCUGGGUGACUCGACAGGUCAAGGUGGUCACAAGGACUUGUUAGCCCAACACAUUCAAGUCAGUUUGCCAGCCCAAGCGGACAAAUUCAUGGUAAGGUCAGGACGUGUUCGGGGUCACGCCUGCAGUUUUUAUACAAGAUCUCUCUUGAAACCUUUACCCAGACUUCCCUGCCCCCCCCCAGGGUCUUACGGUUGCUGCUCACAUGUCACUGAGGCUAAUCCUGUGCUUACAGACGCUCAGCAGGUACGUGCACCGAGCCCUCGGCUUAUUCUUCCAUCUUCCGAUCAAGCGGAAUAUUAGUAUAUAUAACGCCUCCGUUCAAUAUGAAACAAUCAGGACUUAAAGGCUACUUCAUCAAUACCCGCCCCAGUCCUCCCUCCUGUCCCAGGACCAAGAAGAGUACCGUAUUUUUCGGACUAAGGAGUAUAAGUCGCACCGGCCGAAAAUGCAUAAUAAAGAAGGAAAAAAACAUAUAUAAGUCGCAUUGGAGUAUAAGUCGCAUUUUUGGGGGAAAUUUAUUUGAUAGAACCCAACACCAAGAAUAGACAUUUGAAAGGCAAUUUAAAAUAAAUAAAGAAUAGUGAACAACAGGCUGAAUAAGUGUAUGUUAUAUGAGGCAUAAAUAACCAACUGAGAACGUGCCUGGUAUGUUAACGUAACAUAUUAUGGUAAGAGUCAUUCAAAUAACUAUAACAUAUAGAACAUGCUAUAACAGGGGUCACCAACCUUUUUGAAAGCAAGAGCUACUUCUUGGGUACUGAUUAAUGCGAAGGGCUACCAGUUUGAUACACACUUCAAUAAAUUGCCAGAAAUAGCCAAUUUGCUCAAUUUACCUUUAACUCUAUGUUAUUAUUAAUAAUUAAUGUUAUUUACACUUAAUUGAAUGGUUUAAAAGAGGAGAAAACACGGAAAAAAAUGACAAUUCAAUUUUUAAACAUAGUUUAUCUUCAAUUUCGACUCUUUAAAAUUCAAAAUUCAACCGAAAAAAAGAAGAGAAAAACUAGCUAAUUCGAAUCUUUUUGAAAAAAUUAAAAAAAUAAUUUAUGGAACAUCAUUAGUAAUUUUUCCUGAUUAAGAUUAAUUUUAGAAUUUUGAUGACAUAUUUUAAAUAGGUUAAAAUCCAAUCUACACUUUGUUAGAAUAUAUAACAAAUUGGACCAAGCUAUAUUUCUAACAAAGACAAAUCAUUAUUUCUUCUAGAUUUUCCAGAACAAAAAUUUUAAAAGAAAUUCAAAAGACUUUGAAAUAAGAUUUAAAUUUGAUUCUACAGAUUUUCUAGAUUUGCCAGAAUAUUUUUUUUGAAUUUUAAUCAUAAUAAGUUUAAAGAAAUAUUUCACAAAUAUUCUUCGUCGAAAAACCAGAAGCUAAAAUGAAGAAUUAAAUUAAAAUGUAUUUAUUAUUCUUUACAAUAAAAAAAAUAAAUUUACUUGAACAUUGAUUUAAAUUGUCAGGAAAGAAGAGGAAGGAAUUUAAAAGGUAAAAAGGUAUAUGUGUUUAAAAAUCCUAAAAUCAUUUUUAAGGUUGUAUUUUUUCUCUAAUAUUGUCUUUCUGAAAGUUAUAAGAAGCAAAGUAAAAAAAAUAAUGAAUUUAUUUAAACAAGUGAAGACCAAGUCUUUAAAAUAUUUUCUUGGAUUUUCAAAUUUUAUUUGAGUUUUGUCUCUCUUAGAAUUAAAAAUGUCGAGCAAAGCAAGACCAGCUUGCUAGUAAAUAAAUAAAAUGUAAAAAAUAGAGGCAGCUCACUGGUAAGUGCUGCUAUUUGAGCUAUUUUUAGAACAGGCCAGCGGGCGACUCAUCUGGUCCUUACGGGCUACCUGGUGCCCGCGGGCACCGCGUUGGUGACCCCUGUGCUAUACGUUUACCAAACAAUCUGUCACUCCUAAUCGCUAAAUCCCAUGAAAUCUUACACGUCUAGUCCAGGGGUCGGCAACCCAAAAUGUUGAAAGAGCCAUAUUGGACCAAAAAAACAAAAACAAAUCUGUCUUGAGCCGCAAAAAAUUAAAAGCCAUAUUACAUGUGUCAUGAGAUAUAAAUUUAAUUAAGAGGACUUAAAGGAAACUAAAUGACCUCGAAUAUAGCUACAAAUGAGUCAUAAUGAUGCAAUAUGUACAUAUCGCUAGCCUAAAUAGCAUGUUAGCAUCGAUUAGCUUACAGUCAUGCAGUGACCAAAUAUGUCUGAUUAGCACUCCACACAAGUCAAUAACAUCAACAAAACUCACCUUUGUGCACUCAUGCACAACGUUAAAAGUGUGGUGGACAAAAUGAGACAGAAAAAGAAGUGGCAUAAAACACGUCCUAGAAAGUCGGAGAAAGUUAUACAUGUAAACAAACUAUACGGUGAGUUCAAGGACCGCCAAAAUUAGUAGGACAAAACAGCGUUCGCCAAAUACUCGAAUCAGUGAAGCAUGUUUAAUAUAAACAGUGUGAUUUAUAACAAUUAGGGAGGUUUGUGUCAUGUUUGUCCUACAGAAACCAUAUUAAAACAAAAAAAUAGAGUUUUUUCCCCCUCAUCUUUUUCCAUUCUUCAUACAUUUUUGAAAAAUCUCCAGAGAGCCACUAGGGGGGCGCUAAAGAGCCGCAUGCGGCUCUAGAGCCGCGGGUUGCCGACCCCUGGUCUAGUCUCUUACGUGAAUGAGCUAAAUAAUAUUAUUUGAUAUUUUACGCUAACGUGUUAAUAAUUUCACACAUAAGUCGCUCCUGAGUAUAAGUCGCACCCGCGGCCAAACUAUGGGAAAAAACUGCGACUUAUAGUCCGAAAAAUACGGUAUUUCACUUCCAUGCACACCCUUAUUCACUCCAGCCUGGAGGAACCCCUUUUUUUAACUUCUCCAAAUAUUGAGUACCCGCUUACUUUUGAAGGUAUUUUCAAUUUUU